CCCAGAGGUUGCACGAUGAGGCGGUCGCUGUAACUAAGCAGGGUCCAAGAAUAGCGAAAGACAUAAUAUCCCACAGGCACCGGGACGGUAGAUUGGCGGCUUGUGACCAGGCCAUGUGUAAGCGCCGAGGUUUACCGGGCGCGGUAUUUCUCCUUGGAGGCAUUCCGGCGAUUGCCGGCCGUUGCUGACUCUCAGGGUACCUGCGUUCACCUCAUGUACUCGUAGAUGAAGUUGGACUCCGACGACACUCGGCCGGUAGGUCGACGCGACCCACAUGAACACCGAACGGCAGUCCGGCCCCGGUGCUUCAAAGAAGUUGCGGUCUCGGACAUGGCAUCGGCUGCACAACUUCUUAUUCUGGCUGCUUUAUAGCCCGGUACUUACAGCAUGGCAGAAUGGCCUUAGUACCGCAACCAGCGGCAACCGAAGCCGGAUUACCAGGCGGAACCUAAGGUGGAUCUUGAAUGAAAAAAGGCUACCGUCUAUGAAGCGACUACCAAGAGCAGUAUCCAGAGACUCGUGUACGAGGAGCAAUUGUAGUCUGUAAGCAUGCG